UAACGUAGUGAAGUCAUAACAAAAAUGUGAUUGUAGUUCUGUGAUCAUUGAAGUUGAUAAUUUUAUAUAAAGAACAGCUUUAUUAGUUAAAGUGAGAACUGUGAACAACAUAUAAAUUUUGUCCUAUUGAUAGGACACUGUGACUGGUAGUUGUGAACUUUUGUCUUGUUUACAUUCGUUCAUAACCUAAAAGAAAGUUGUGUAUCAUUAUGUUUGGAAGUUAAUUUCUUGUUAUACGAGUGUUUUACAUUACAGUUUUCUGAAAAAAAUGGCUAACACACAAAACCUGGUAUAUUUUGAUGAAGAUGAACCAGCAAUACGACCAAACAAAAAAAAAUUGAUGCGGACCAGCUGCUGACUUAUUGAAAUGGGCGAUGUGUCUGAUUUGGAUUUAGACGAUGACGACUGUGAUGAAAUUAACUAUUUUAGAGGCUUUUCGGAUGAACGAGGCGUAGAAGAAUUCUCAGAUACACACACUUCGGUAGAAAAUACAGAAGUAUUUACAGUUGAUGUAGAGACCACCCAAGAUGUAGGCCUAGAUGAGAAUUCUGGGCUGAGCGUGCCAUCUACAAGUAGUCGUAGACCUUCAGUACUUGUAGAGCCUUAUGAAUCUGUAAGCUUUAGUACUUGCAUGACACACAAAGAGUUUCAGAGUUUUUACUUUUCUCAGCAGGAGUUGACAAACAAAAGCCAAGUGAAGUGGUUGCCUGUAGAGUUUGUUACUCCACGACUAUACGUGUUUGUGCCAGACGAGGAUGUGAAUGUGUACGACUUACCAAGUCCUAGAGAGUAUUUCUCCAAGUAUUUUACAAGUGAUUUGCUGACUGCUAUGGUGUACAACACUAACCUAUACGCGGUACAAAAUAAUGUGCAGAAUUUUUCUGCAACUACAUUAGAUGAAAUGAAAAUGUUCAUAGGUAUUCAUAUUAUUAUGGGUAAUCUUAGCUACCCAAGGGUUUGUAUAUAUUGGGAGGAUAGAUUCAGAAUACCAAUAAUUUCUGACAAUUUGGCUGUGAAUCGAUUUUCUAAAUUACGAAACAGUUUCCAUGUUGUUGAUUGUUGGGGGAAAGUGCCACUUAUAGAUGACAGGUUCUGGAAAGUGCGGCCAAUAUUUGACAGCAUCAGAGCUAGAUGUAUGGAACUGCACCUAGAAGAAAAUCUUUCGAUUGAUGAACAGAUGGUGCCAUUUAGAGGCAACCUCAAGGGAGUGAAAGUGUUUAUCCUGUGUGGAGAGAGCGGUAGAAUGUUUGAUUUCAUUCUGUACCAGGGCAGUACAACAGAAAUAAACUGUAAGUUUCAGCAGUUUGGGCUGGGUGCAAAUAUAGUAAUGCAGUUGUCGCAGCGUAUCACCACUCCAUACUGCAAACAGUUUUUCGAUAACUAUUUCUCAUCGUACUGGCUAUUCCAGUGGCUUUCAAAACACAAAUUAUAUAUGCGAGUGGUACUGUAGCCAUUUAUAGGUCGUUCAUCCGAACAAAAAAAUGGACACUCAGAAUAUUCAGUCACGCUAUUGACAUGUAAUAAACAAAUUCGUGGCUUGAGUACCGCGAGUGUGCGAGGAGGAUUGGUGUGCCUGAGUAAGAAAUCAUUGACCUCAUCCACUUUCGGCAACACAUAGCAGAGUCACUUAUUCUGAGUGGACAAAGGCCUACUGCAAAGAAGAGGGGUCGGCCAUGAGGUGAAGAGCCAUCACUAUCACCUAAGGUCCAUCCGAAGAGAGCUGUCGCCAUCAGACCAGUUGAAGACGUUCGUUUUGUUGGCAUCAAUCAUUUUCCUGAUGCUUUCAGGUCACAAUGUCCUAUAUAUAGGACAAUACGAUUUUCGGAUCUGAGGAUGCAGAGUUCACACCUCGGUCUUCUUAAGGCAGCUCAAGUAACAAAACAGGCAGAUUUGACACCAAAGGCAAGCUUGUUAUACAAGGCAGCACUACAGUUGAAAAGACAAGCUAGGAAGCUAACAAAGAAGAACUGCUCAUUUCGUAAAAGACUCAAAAUGGCUGCAACCAAUUCUCCUGAAAACUUAGCUGAACUUGUAAUAAAUAUACUUGUAUUAGUUUAGCUAUCUAUGGUCUGUUAUACAGUUCAGCCAACUUUUAUUUUCACAGAAAUGUAUUUUCAACCCCACAAAAGUAGGGAAAUUUUUUUACUAUUAGUACUCCAAAUUUGCUGUUGGAAGAUAGUUGGAAAAAUGGCUGCCAUCGUGUUUUUUAGGUAACUUGGAGCUCUUCACAUGAUAGGUAUCUACAAUUUCUUUAUUUGUUGUUGAUAUUGUUGAUACAUCUUUAUCAGGGUGGCCAGCCAACCGGGAAAUCGGGAAAUAGCCAGGAUUUCUUAAAACCAGGAAUACCUGGAAUCAACCAGGAAUUUUUAUUAGAACCGGGAAUUUUUUUUUAUGAAGUAACGAUCGCAAUAACAUACGGCUGUUAAAUGAGCACGUUCACCACCCGUCAAUCACGGCAGUAUGCUCGUGAGCUAUAUUUUGUGAAAGUUAAUUUGUUCAUAUUGCAUUUAAAAACUUUUGUAUUACGUAAGAAACCGUUAACAAUUCAGACUUCCAUACUUAUUAUGUUUCUGUAUUCAAAAGCAACAGCAUUUUGGCUGAAAAUGUUGUAGGGUGGUAGUAAUUUCUUGCACGGCAUGUUGGUAGCACUAGUUUUGUAUGUAGGUAUAUUUGUUUUUACUUUGCGCUCAUGUUGUUGCGUCACGGUAUCACGGAUACUUUUCUCGAGUUUUUUUAAAAGUUUAGUUGUGCGGGACGUUGUUUUGAAUUUUUUAAUCUAACAUGUAAUUGGCGCAGACUAUCAAAAUGUCGAGUUCGGUCACCACAUACAAUGACAAAUAUACGGAAGAGUUUGAAUGGGUGGAGAAAGAUCCAAAGUGCAGGACAAACGCUAUUUGCAAUUUGUGUAAUGUUAAAAUCAAGAUCGGUAGCAUGGAUGGGAAGAACAGCAUUUGCCAGCCACGCAAGAGGGGCAAAACACGUGCGUUUGGUGUCAAGUAAUUUUUGUGACGUGAGAUUAUAAUUUUUUUUUUUGUUGGUGGUAGGUUUUGUUUAAAGCAAGUUCAUUGAUUUAAUUUUUAAGCCUAUAGUUAAGUUGUCUAUUGUUUAACGCCAAUAAAACAUCAUAUUGUGUGUGCUUUGUGUAACAAAAAUACAAAUUGUAUGCAAAUAUUGAUAAAAACCACCCUUGAAAAAACUUGGAAAAAACCAGGAAUUUUACUAUCCCAGAAGAGUGGCCACCCUGUUUAUGCUUUAAAUUUUAUUUUUAACAAGGUAAAAUAAGAAAAUAUUAAACAAUCAUUAUUAUAAUUGGAUGGCUGUACAUAGGGACAUGAAAUAUGGCAGACAUCCAGUAGUCAGCUGGGGUGGCUGGUAUUUUAUCAAAAUAGGAAAUUAAAAGGAUUUUGCACUGAUUGUUAUAGAAACUGUUGUCUUGUUCCUUGGUUGUCAUGGUGAGUACUCAAAUGUUUAAAAACACCAGUAGUUAGUCACUUGACUUGAUUGGGCCUGUGCAUGGCUGACCUCUGGUUCUGCCAGUUCCCUAGUACAGCCACAAAUAUUUAAUUGUUUAUAAUGAUUUUUUUAGUCAAAUUUAAGCAAAUUUGAUAAAAAAAUAUUAUAGUCUACUAAGUCGUUAAUCUUUGUCUUAACCAGAUAAUUUGUUGGUUUUGUAUAGAAUCUUUCAGUUUUAGUUAACCUAUUUAAAGACAAACUAACAUUGUUAAGUAAUUAAUUUUAUAGCUACAUAGCCUAUUCAGUUACUUAUCGGGAAAAAUGUUAUUAUUAUAGGUUUGGCACAACCAGUUAGCGUAAAAUAAAGAGAAACGCAAGGUUUAAGAGAUGGCAGCAUCAGGAAAACGUGUCAUCCACAGUUACACCGAAGAUGCUAUGGCUGAAGCUUUACAUGCAAUAAGAGAAAAUGAAAUGGAUAUUAGGGCAGCAAGUCGUGAGUUUGGGGUGCCAAGAGGUUCACUACAAGAUUGGCUUCAUGGAAGAGUUAAACAAGGUCCAAGGAAAAUGGGUCCGCCCACAGUUUUGACAGAAGAAGAAAUAAAAAUUGUUACAUGGCUAACAAAUUUAGCUAAAAGUGGUUUCCCCAGAAAAAGAGAAAAGCUGUUAAAUACUGUGCAACAAAUAAUUAAGGCAUCAAACAGAGAAACUCCUUUUAGGGACAGCCGCCCUGGAAAGAAAUGGUAUGCUGCAUUCAUGAAGCGACACCCAGAUUUGGUCUGCAGAACUGCUGAAAGUCUAACAAAGGGCCGUGCAAUCGUUAAGGAAGAAUUUAUAUGAAAAUGGUUCAGAGACUUGGAAGAAUAUUUUGAAGAGUGCAAUGCCAAGGAUAUCUUGCAGUACCCAAGUCGGAUACUGAAUGGAGAUGAAAAAGUUGUAGUUUAUGUCCAAAGAGUGGCAGAGUGAUGGCUCCGAAAGGGUGGAGAGAUUUGUAUGAAGUAAAAUUGGGAAAUGAGAAAGAGACUAUUACUGUCCUUUUGGUUUUCACAGCCAGUGGCCAAACUCUUUUCUCAAUGGUGGUUUUCCCAUAUGUAAGGCCUCCUCGCGAGGUGAUUAACAGAAUUCCUGAAUAAUGGUUUUUAGGGAGAAGCGAAAGUGGUUGGAUGAGAAGUGAAAUUUUUUACGAAUACAUAGCCAAUGGAGUAAAUAAGUGGCUGGAGAGUGAAAAUGUUACGAAACCGUCCUAUUGUUUGUGGAUGGCCACAGGUCACAUUUGACAAUGGAUCUGAGUGAUUUUUGCAUUAAGAAUGGUAUCAUACUUUAUGCUUUACCGCCCAACACUACCCAUGUAAUGGAACCAGCAGAUGUGAGUGUUUUCAAGCCACUUAAGUCAGAGUGUAAAAAGACAGUAAGGGAGUGGCAGCAGCGCCCAGAAAACACAAAUACUUGUGUGACAAAACAAACAUUUUGUCCAUUAUUAGCAAACGUACUUGAACAACCUUCACUACGGGAGAGCAUUCAGAAUGGUUUCCGCAAGUGUGGACUCUACCCUUUUGAACCAAAUGCAGUAGAUUACCGCAAAUGUGUUCAGAAUCGACUUGAAGUUCUCAAUGAACCAGUUCUAGUUCCAUAAUAUCCAUUAAGUAAAGAACAGAUGCCUGCUGCAGAGUUGGUAAUCUCUAAAUUAAGACCACACAGCUUUCACAGAGGGGAGUAAAAACUGACCAUGUACUUGAGGAAAUCCAAAAGGCCAAGAAGUUCUCAAUAGUAUGCCAGAUGACAGUAGUCCUACAACUGAUGAAAAUGAGUCAAUUUCUUUGGAAAACACAACUGAAUUGAGUGAAUUAGAUAUUACCAAUAUGGAAGUCUUCUUAGAACCAGAAAGUUCAUCAAUGUGCCCUAUUCUAGUACAGAUCACAAAUGAAAAUGAACAAUGUAACCCUGUUGUGCUUCCCAACAAUGAUAUAGCUCAAGUCUUGAAUGGACACGAAGGCUCUAGAAACAUACAUGAAGCCAUUACAAAUACAUCAAUAAUGUCUGUUUCAGAAAAUGUAAGGAACAUUGAACCUUUGUCAGCUGAGAGUUUGUCUCCUGUUUCAGAUGACAACCAAAAGUUCAAGAAAACCUUAGCCUUUGCAUCUGAGAGCAAAAUACCUGCACAGAGUGACUUAGCUCUAUCGCCUUUUAAGAGACGCUUGUUUUAUCCACAACCUAUACAAAAUAUUAAAAAGAAUCAACCAAAAGAAAGAGCUCCAAGUGCUAUUUCAUCGAUGAAAUGGCUAGAGUUUAUGGAGAAGAAAGACGAAUUAAAAGCAUACGAACUUGAUAAGAAACGAAAAAGAUGUGCUUAUAGAGAUAAUUAGAUAACCACAAAUAAUAGGAAUGAAAAAAAGAAAAAUGGUUAAUGAGAACACAGACAUUGAUGAACCUUCUUGUACACCAGAAAGUGUCAGUAUAAAGGAAAAACCAACUCCAAAAGUAUAAAAAAUUUGGCAAGGCUUUCCCUCAUGUACGACCGGUAGGAAAAAAUGAAGAGGUAGGUACCUGUGCUUUUAACCGUAAUUAGCUACUUUCAGUAAACUUGUGUUAAAUAGUAUUUGUUAUACAUUCUUUACUAAUAUUCGAAAUUCUUAACUUUCAGGUGAAGAUUGAUGAAUGGAUGCUUGUGUCCUUUGAAGAAGGUGGACAUAAUUCAAGAAGAUUUUUCAUAGGAAAAGUUAUUGGUGUUAACAACGAUGGGUUUGACGGGAGUUUCCUCAGACCAAAGACCACAAGCGAACAUUCUGGUUACGUGUAUGGCUUCCCAGAUAUCAUUGAUGAGUAUCCCUUCACAAAAAAAUAUAUUGUGGGCAGACUACAAAAUCCUGAAAUCUAUGGCAGGGGACUUUACAGAUUUCAUAUUAGACACAAAGACAUUCAAUCAACAAUAUGUUUUACAUAGUGACUCUACAUUUUUUAAGAUUAAGUGGCAAUGCUUGUUUAAAAACAAAAUGUUAAAUAAUAAGUUUUAUAUGGUGAAUAAAUAAAUAUAUUUUAUGUUGUAGGACCAACAGAAUAAAUUUACUAUAUGUCAGAAGAAAACACGUUUCUUGUGGCUGGACUUCGGGGUCUGUAUGGCUGACAAAAAGAGACAGCUGGCUGAGGACUGGUUAAUGUCGAGUUUUGUGAUAAUUAUUAUUUUUUAUUAAAAUAUUAAUACAAAUUUUAUCAUAAGCUUUUUACCUUACACUAGAAUACAUAGUUAAGAUGACAUGGCUAGAAUUUGUAAACUAAAAUUAUGGGUCUAAAUAUUUUGAGAGUAAUAGGAAUCUUACUAGUGUCUUUAAAUGGCUGACUACUGGUGCAACCACUCUAUGUUCGAGACACAACAUGGCCAAAUCUACGCCAGCGGACAAUGGUAAUUCUGUAUUGUAGCAUACCUCUCUUUACGAACAUGUAAUUUUAUAGGUUAGGUAAUGCUGUCAUAGACUACAAUCAUAAUGUGUUUACUUCAUUCCUAAUAUAUUUCAAAUAUUAUGUACCUACUGUCUUUGUUAUUACAAAACAUAGUACAUUAACAUUUAAAAUGCACAAAAUGACAUAAAAUGUAUAAACCAUUAUAAAUUUUAACAACCUUUAUACUAUUUAGGCUAUAUUUAAGAAUUAACCAUGGUAAUUGUUGCUGGCGUGAUUGCUAGACACUUGUCCUUUGUUUGCUGUUUUGUAGACCAAAGUUGAUCGCCAUUAAAAAACAGGAGAAGGAGGCGGCCCUGACAGCAAGCUGGAUGACAUUGACAACCUUGUAUUGGAAGUUAUUGGUAAAGACUCUCCGGUUGUACAAGGAUUACAACAGCAUACAAGUAAUGGAGGAAAGUGCAGACAGUGGAGGUUGUCAUGAAAAUGUUAGGUUUGGCAGUGAAACUUGUUUCUGAGCUACAAGAAUGUAAUGGACAAACUGUCGCUAAGAGUAUACAAAAUAAGAUUAGCACACCUGUCUUCAAUACACAAGGUAAUUCUUGCAAUAAAGCGGUAAUAGUUCGAACACACGAGGAAGCAAAGGUAUUGGAGACACUGAAGAGAAGGAGACUAGAGUUGGAAAUCCGUAAACUGGAAUUGGAAGUGUGGGAAAAGGAAACAUUAUUGGGAGGCCCACACUGCACACUGACUUGUGAUAUUACCAGUACAACAGUGACUCAAGAUGAAUCUACUAGUCUAACAGAAACAAAUACUGAUAUAGGUGCACUGAAUAAUGGGACAAUUAUGAUUAAUGAUGAAGGCUAAUUAGUGCUAGUAAAAUGUAACACAAAAAGGAUAUUAUUACAGGUUCUGAAUAAUGUAAUUUGUUGGACACUGUAUAUUAUUGGGCAGCAAGGGUACCUAACAAUUAUUGUUACAAGAUAGAGGACAAACUACAACAAUGAGACUCAAUAAUUAUUUCUGUUUUUCUGCAUGACAUCUAUUUGUACUGUAUCAUUGAAUUUUUUUCAUAUUUCACAAAUGCUUUAAUGUUAAGCUAUGUAAAUAUUCAAGUUACUUAUUACUUUGUACAUUUAAAAGAAAGUGAAUAUUAUCAUACUCAUCUUUUAAAAUGUAAUUUAUUUUUUAUAUACUUAUCAACACUCUCCAUUCUAUUCACUGUUGAGCAAAGUGCUGAUAAAAGUAAUUUAAUACAUCUUGCCCAUGAAGAUGGUCAUUCAUCUCAUAUUCCUGUAUUACAUCAUCAUUGUAUCCUUCCUCUACUCCUUCUCCACCAAAAACCUGCUUUAUUAUUUUGAUGUUCAUCUCCAUCAUUCUCCUCAUUGAUUAUCAAGUUUUCAUCUUUAGUGAGAUUACAAAGAGCAACACAACACAAGACAACUUUGAACACAAAUUCUGGUUCAAGCCUCAAAUAAUUGAGGCAAGGGAACUUCUCUUUUAAUAUGCCGAUUGCACAUUCUACAACGCGUCUUGUUUCUUUGUGUGCUCGUAGAAAUCUUCUUUCAGCAAUGUUCCCUUCAUUUCUUAUUACGGGCGGUAUUAGCCAUGGCUUGAGAGGGUAAAUUGAAUCUCCUAGAAGAACAGAUCCAGGAAAUGGUCGCCAUUCUUCUUCCAUCAUACGGAAAAGUCCACUGUUUCUUAAAACUCUUGCAUCACUUGUACUACCUGGCCAAUUGGCAUAUGCAUAAUAAAAUUUCAGGUCAGCACCACAAACAAGCAUCACAUUAAUGGAAUGAUUGCCAUGCCUAUCUACAUAUAUAGGUUCAAAGUCAUCCAUAUUUGUUAAUGUUCCGUCCACUGCCCCACAUAUGCGUGGCAUCCCUGCUAACUGACUGAACUGAUGUAUUACUGUAGCUACAUCAUCAGGCCAUCGCACAUGUUCAGGUAGGAUAUAAGUAUUGACUGCACUUACAACAUUCUUGAUAACUCUACAAACUGUCUCUUUUGAAACACCGUGCAUGUCGCCAGUGCAAGGCUAUUUGAAGUUGUUGAUGUGGUGUUACAGCAUAUUUCCUUUUUGUAGGGUGUUUUAGAGCAGCCUCUAUUUUACCUCACACAUACGAAAAUGUCUCGAAAUAUAACCUAAAACGUUCAUUAUACUCGUAGCUUUCUUGCAAGUGAUUGUACAUUGUUCUCACUCUAAAAUGUCUUGGUUGCCUUAUCACUAUCAUGUCCUCAUUACUGUCACUUGUGUUAAUCAUUAUCUAUCUUGCUUUUUACUGAAGAACACAAACGUUGUUUGAUGAAUAACACAAUCCACUAACUGUUCUACUUAUAAAAAGUCUAACACGCUCUUUCAACUGAUAAAAUGUUUACUUAUAUUAACAGCAUAUAGGGGAGGUAGGGGGAAUGGUGCCACCUUAAGGCAUUUUCUAAUUUUUUAACAUUGUACAUACAGGGUGUCGACAAAUGAUUGGAGCGAUUUCAUGAGGUUGCUGUGGGUGCAUUUACCAACAUAUCGGGAUGAAACUUGGUAGUCAUGUGCACAAACUCAACAAGUUUUAUUGGGACUUUACAAAUGUUCGAUAUGUUGAUCCUUUGCGAUCCUGCACACAUCAACCCUAAAAUCAAGCUCUUCCCAAACAUUAUGAAGCAUGUCCGUGUCAAUGCGAUCAAAAGCAUUCCUGAUGCGAGCUCUCAUGUCCGCUAAAUCAACCGGUAAAGGAGGCACAAACACCAGAUCUUUCACAUAGCCCCACACAAAAAAAAUCACACGGGUUAGAUCUGGGCAGCGCGGAGGCCAUGCAAGGAAUUGUUGAUCAUCAAUCCCACCACGGCCUAUCCAUCUGUUUGGCAAUCUGUGAUUCAGGAAUUCGCAGACAUUGCGAUGGAAGUGGGGUGGAGCUCCAUCCAAUUGGUAGAUAAAGUUGUCACUGUCUGUCUCAAGCUGAGGCAUGAGCCACUGUUCUAACAUGUCCAGAAAAAUGUGUCCUGUUAUUGUUUUUUCGCAGAAGAAGAAGGGCUCAUAAAUCUUCGAUUGGUGCAGAAAACGUUGAGUUUUGGGGCAUCCCGAAUAUGCUCAAUGAUGGCAUGGGGAUUCUUUGUUCCCCAGAUACGCACAUUGUGUCUAUUGUGUCUGUUCACUGUGCCACUAAGGGAAAAUUAUGCUUCAUCACUAAACACAAGUUGAUCGCAAAAGUCAUCCUGCUCCUCCAUCAGUUCUUGCAAUUGAGUGUACCACUGAAGCCGGAUGGCUUUGUCCGCAGUUUUAGCGCUUGCAGCAACUGCAUGCGGUAUGGCGUCUGCUUCAGACGUUUCCUUAAAAUCUUCCAUACAGUUGAUCGUGGAAUAUCCAAUUCUCUGCUAGCUUUCCGCUUAGACUACACAGAAAAUUAGCCCGCACACGCUCAACUGUUUGAUCAGCCACUGGUGGCUUUACCUUACAAAGACAUCCUGUAGCUUUGAAGUGUUCGUACCAUCGCCGUAUGGAAUUCGCAGACGGUGGUUCUGCAUUGAACUUCGUCCUGAAUCGUCAUUGAACUGUUUUGACUGAACGACUCGCAUGAAAUUCAAGGACGGCGUAUGCUUUCUUGUCGUUUGCCUCCAUCUCUCUAAUGCUGUUCCAUGUGCAACACAGAAUAAAACUGGUUGAGUUUCUACAGAUGACCACCAAGUUUCAUCACGAUAUGUUGACAAAUGCACCCACAGCAACAUCAUGAAAUCACUCCAAUCAUUUGUAGACACCCUGUACUUGUGAUCAACAUUUAAUUAUUUCGUUAAACAGCAUCUUCAUUUGCCCAUCCAUUUCCAGUUCAAUUAUCAGUUUUAUUGGUAAAACAUUCGAUGUGUUAGCAUAUUUGUUUAAGACUGCAUUUGAUGGCAUUACCCCCACAUACGGAGUAAUGCAGUCGUUGUCCUAUACAUAAUAAUAGGUGUAUCAUCUCUAUAAACACUUUCAGACUUUGCAAAUAUUUUCACUCCUGCAAAUAAUUUAAUGUUAUUGUUUCGUAAGUCAAAAACUAUUCUUAAUUAAAAACACUUUACAGCAUUGUUAAUAACCUGUUCCUAUUAAAUUAUUCUGUGCUUUAUUUAUAUAUAGAUAAGCAAAAGAAAAGGCUUUGAAAUAACAUUAGACAAUAACACAGUCAUAAUAUUAGACUAAUUUUAUAUCAAAGAAAAGGUUUUAAGCACACAAUAUUAAAAAUAUGUUUUCCUUCAUAUAAUUUAGGUAGGUAAAUGAAAGUUUUAACAGAACACGUAACGCUGUUGCAGUUUUUUCAAUUAAAGUCAUUCAAUUUUAGGCUAAAGUUGCAUAUACAAUAAUGUAUUCUACUCAAAAUACUUGACAUUAGGCUACUCAUAGCUUCUCAAUAAUAAUAAAAUCCCAGUAUUAUUUAAACACAUAAUUACACUCUUUUCUUUAUAAAAACAAAUUCAAAAUUUAAGUUUUUGGUUUAGUGUUAAAAGGAACUGAGUUAGGUUGUCAAAAAUCUGAUUACAUUCAUCAUAUUUGCCCUUUAAACAUUUUAGGCCUAGUUUCAUCGUAACAAAGAGUAUUUAGGCCUAUCUGACAUCACUUUGACAUAGUAAAAAUGUUUGUUUCAAAUAAUUAACUUAUGAUUUCAUACAAAGAUCACAUAUUUGUAACCAUCUGGGGAGUCCCAACCGCUGCAUUCAGAAUGCAACCAACCAGAACACUUGACACAUCUAUACCAGAGUUCGUUGUUCAUACCAAACUCCCCGCACACAAGACAGUUGUUGUUAUCAAAUGGGUCAAUAUCAUCUAGAGAAUUGUCAUCACACAAUUCAUCUUCAUUUAGUCCUUCACUUUCACUUUCAGAUGAUUCGAAGGUAAUGUUUCUUCUACGUCUAGGCCUACACAUCUUAUUUGUAGUCACAGACAUACCCUGCCGAAAGUUCCUUUUUCUUUCUGAGAGGACAUUUUACUUUCCUUUCCUGAAAGCCUGCAUUUUUUCUCAUUGUUUUGCAAUUUUUUAUCUCUUGCUUCUGCUAAGAUAGAUUUAAUUGGAGUAGAGGUUAGAAUUAUCGAGUGCUGUUUAUUUUUUUGUGAUUGAAUCAAACUACACGAUUUGGCAGAUUGGCGAGUAGGAAGGGGAGAAAUGUCUGCAAUAUGGACUUCUGAACUGGAGGUUCCUGCAACUUGAAUUUCACAGUGGCAGAAGAAGUUUGAGGAACAUCAUUUUGAGAUUCUUGUAGGUGUUUUAACUGUUCCUCUGGUGCUUCGCCAACAUUGACAUCUUCAUCGUGAAUGAUACAGGUUGGUUGUUGGGACAAAAUGGCUGCAGGUGUGAAGUCUUCCUCGCUAAAUUUGUUUGAGUCAAGUGGAUAUAUUCCAGUGCUAGCGAAUCCAGAGACUGCCUUUUCAAUUGUGGCGACUCUCAUUUAUGCUUUGUUGAAGAUACUUGCUAGUUCAUAUGGUGUUAUUCUUUUAUAUGGGUGGCUUUUCAUAUAUAUAUAUAUAUCACAUUCCCUAUUGAAGGCACUUUUCAAUGGGCCAUAGAAGGUAACGUCCAGUGGCUGCAUCGGUGUGAUGAAUGUGGGGGUAUCAAAACAAUGACUAUACCGUUCAAUUUGCAAAAUUCAAAUACUUGGAAGGGUUUUGUGGCUGCUGUGGUUGUCUAGUAUUAAUAAAACUGGAUCCUCUUUUGUUGGCUUGACGUUCUUUGCAAAAUGUUGGAGCCAAAUUAAAAAUAAUUCCUCGUUUAUCCAACCGUUCUUGGAACAAUGGUAUAUUGCUUCUUCGGGGCCACCUUUCUUAAGCAAGCUACUCAUCCUUUUCCUGGGAUAGAUGAACAUGGGCGGAACAUAGUUUCCUGAUGCACUCAUUGCACAACAAACUGUUACUGUUUUCCCCCUUUCCCAGCUUGUUACAGCUCCUACCUGUUUUUGUCCUUUUGGGCCAAGAAUCUUAACUGGCUUUUGGACAGUCGAAAUUCCAGUUUCAGCCAUAUUAUAAAUAUGAGUGGAACUAAAUUUGUGCUUGUCCAUAACAUUCUCUACAUUUGAAUAGAACAGUUCGACUUCUUCUCGAUUAAAUGAAGUAACCCUGUUUAAACUGGUUGCCUCGGGCUUCCGCAAGCUAAUUCCAUGAUUUCUUUUCAGGAAACUCUUUAACCAAUCUACACCAGCAAGUCUUUCUGUUUCGUUGAAGUUGUUGGGAAUAUUCUUUCUUUCAGCAAUUUCAAAAGCUAAUCACCGUAGUUCUAUCCGUGUAAGGCCAAAGAACAUUUUGGCAAGAAGUAAAACAUGCUUAGCGAUUUCCUUCUCUUGGGCUUCUGUAAAAAGUCGUUUUCUACCCAGACGAGCUUCAUUCAGAUUGCUUGAUGACAGUCGAUCUCUCAGAGUUGUUCUCGGGAUACUGAAUUCUCUCGAUACACUUUUAACACUGCGGCCAACCCUGAUAGCACUUACUGCUGCCUCUUAUUGUUGCUUAGUCCACUUUGCUUUAUCACUUGUUCGUUUGCGAGACCGUGCCAUCUAAAAAGAAAAAAAUAUAGGACUGAUCGCACUAUUAGGAAGCAUUUUUUGGUCAAGAAAGUCUUCUACCUAAGUAGCUCUAGGCCCACCUAGAAGCACAAAAUAAAAAUAAUAUACCUUAUUCAAAAUUAUUAAUAAUAUUAGGGUUUUGAAAGCCUACUGUGGAUAAAUAUUACCGAAAAACAAGGGGACAAAGGAUAGAGGCGGGAUGCUGAAUGCCAACCAUAAACUAUAUACCCAAGUCUCGUAUGUUGUUCCAACAAUGGCAUAGGUAAAUACUUCGGUCCAAUGUCAAAAUUCAUCUUGGCCAGCAUUGACUAUAUUUUUUGUUUCCAUUACAGUUUAUUUCCUACAAAAUGCUAAGAAACUUUAUGUUGUCAAAGAAACAUCGGCUAACUGUUGGCACUAUGACAGUUUUACAUACAUUUGACCAUCAAUCAGUAUUUCGAAAUAGGAUCCACAUAAAAAGUACAACAUUCACUGUAUUAUAGUAUAUUACCCUUUUAUAAUUGAUUUUAUUAAUGAAAAGUGCACACCCACAUGGAUAUAAAAUCUUACUUUUAGAUAUUUGAACAAAAAUGCAGUAAGGAUAUCUAUCAUUUAAUCAUUUAAAAAAUAAGUCCGCUUUUAUCAAACUAAAAAUAUUUAUGACUCGUUCUUAUAUUCAAUAGUUGCCAUAUCCAUUAAAAUUUGUGUAAUCUUGUGAAUAUUAUAAAUACCUUAUUUUAAUGCAAAAUUAAAAUAUAUUUGCAAAUAUAGUUUUUUGGGGUAAUACCGCCAUUAUUGAGGCAAUACCGCCACCCUGCUGUGACGGUAUUGCCCCUUGAACGGUUAGCACGCAGUUUUCCUCCUACUCAUUUAACAUGGUAAACAGUGAAUUCAAAAAUUGGCUAAAGAAAUUGACUUUUUAAAUAUGUAUAGGAUGUCAAGAUUAACACUACCCCGUAAUUAUAUAGUGUCAAAUAUUAGAUUAAUUAUGCGCUAUAAUACAUUUGUCGCUCUCACAAACGAAGCGUUACGCGCAGAUCCACCAUGACAGUUCUCAAGUGUUUCACUUGGGUGUCCAGAGAUGGCACUGCAGUCGGGGAGCGGCCAACGCGUACAAUACGGAAUUUCAAUGGGGUGGCGGUAUUACCUCCUGUGGCGCGAUUCCCCUUACUUCCCCUACUACAAAACAAAUCAUUUAUUGAAACACUAUUUCUGUUGUACUUAUAUUAUAAGCUUAUAAUAUGACAAUUUUCACUACUAAUAGCUUUUAUGAGUAUCUAGUUUUAUGUAACAAAAUACUUGUAAUAUACACUUAUUUUACAAGUGGGAGACUUAUAAAUGUUUCUGCUACUUUUUAUGAAACAGAUCUAGCUAAUUUAUUAUUGAAACACAAAUUUUGGAACUACUAUUUUUCUUUCUAGGAGUCUUAUAUUAACAGCUUCUAAUAGCAGUCAUUUUAUGAAACAGGCCCCAGGAAUGGAUCGUUGUUUAGCCUUCUGCGUAUGUAUUUGAAUAAGAAUGGUGACGUCUUAAGUUGCAUAUAUGUGUAAUCAAAAGUUUGAAAACGGAAGCAGUGUUUCGUUUCACAGGUAAGUUUAUCAAUUAUUAAAAAUAUAUAAAUAUUGAGCUCAUGUUUCUGUGUAGUUCCGUAAAGGUUAUGUAUUUAUAUGUCACAAAUCUAACCUAAAUGACCAUAUACAUGAUCAACGAUUAAAACGGUAAAUCACUGUAAAUAAAUAGAAUUAUCGCAAUGCCGUUUUACAUAAUCUUUACACUAGAUGUCAGGAACUAGGCAAAAUACAUUUUCGGAAUUAUAUUUUUUUCAAUGACGAGCCCCUCUUAAUUUUUAAUGUACUACUUUGUAAAGGCGGGUUUACACGCUACGUCUUAGCGGACGUGUCUGACUAGACAAAUCCUAUCAUAUAAAACGUGGCAUGUAGACAGCAAAACGUACGUCUUGUCGAAUCGAAAUGAAAUCCAAGGUCAGAUCGUAGAACUGAGGGGAAAAGCAUCAUUUUCCGAGAACUGAUAGGAUAAAAGGGAACGUGUAGACGCAGGUCUCGGAUAAGAUGUUCGUCUUGGCUCAGUUCACUACUAGCUGUGCUUCAGCUCGUGUCUUUUUUUCCUGUUGUCAUUAUGUCGGACCUGCGGCAGUGUCAGGGUUGUUAAGGUUUUGACCACCGGUCGGCUAAAAGGUGGGUUUUUCCAAUUUUGGCCGUGCUGGACUUUAUUCAGUUUUGACCAGUUUUGA